GAGGGAAAACUGAAACAAAGUUCACUUCCUCCUGUAAUGGAGAUUCUGAUUUUGAUUGUGAAACCCUAAAUAGCCCUUUACGGUCUGUGAUUGUAAUGGAUGCGAAGGAUAUCCUGGGAUUGCCCAAAAACUCAUUCCCAGUUCUGGAGAAGAAAUCUCGACCUCCCAAAGAGUCUCAAAGAAAACCAGAUGGCAUUUCGCGUGAGGUGUAUGCACUUACUGGUGGAUUGCCACCUCUUAUGCCAGCGAUUGAUGCCUCUCCAUUGAAAAAAAAGCCUCCCCCUCACGAAAAGAUCACUUGGCAAUGGCUUCCUUUCACCAGUUCUGCUCGUAAAGAUAAUCUGCAGCUUUACCAUUGGGUCCGAGUUGUCAAUGGUGUUCCACCUACGGGAGACUAUUCUUUUGCCAAGUAUAACAAGUCUGUUGACAUUAUCAAAUACACAGAUGAGGAGUAUGACAAGUACUUGACAGAUCCUAUGUGGACCAAGGAGGAGACAGAUCAACUUUUUGACUUAUGUGAGAGGUUUGAUCUCCGAUUUAUUGUAAUAGCUGAUAGAUUCCCAUCAUCUCGUACCGUAGAGGAAUUAAAGGAUCGAUAUUAUAGUGUAUCCCGUGCUAUAUUAAUUGCUAGGGCGCCGUCUUCUGGGGACGUUGCAGCACAUCCUCUGGUUAAGGAAUCAUAUAACCUUUCACUAGAAAGGGAGCGAAAACGAGCACUGUCCAUGGUCCUCUCUCACACAAGGCAACAAGAGCGAAGAGAUGAAGAGGUUCUUGUUGAAGCAAAAAGAAUAGCUGAGCUACGCAUGCCUCCUAAGGAUGCUGAAGAGUCUCAGUUGGUUGUUGCUUCAAAUGCUGGUGCAGAAAUUACAGAGGGGGCUAUCCCUGGUGAAACUGUAUCUCCAUCGAAUGUGCCACAUACAUCAAUGAUUGCACCGUCCACAGUAACAGAUAAUGCAUCUACACUAGCUUCUCUUCGCAUGCUUCGUGUAUAUUUGAGAACAUACGCACUUGAGCAAAUGGUGCAAGCUGCAAACUCACUUGCUGGACUACGGACUAUCAAACGGGUUGAGCAAACUUUGCAAGAUCUUGGGAUCAAUUUGAAACCAAGGGUUCCAACGAAAGCUGUUUGUGCAGAGCAUCUUGAACUAAGAAAAGAAAUACUUACUUGGCUGAAUCUCCAGAAACAGGUGCAGUAUAAAGAGGCUGAAGGUUCAUCUUUUCGUGAUGGAUCGUACUGUGAAACACCAGGCACACCAAAGGAUCGGACAUUUAUUCCAGACUCCAUGAAGUUUGGAGGUGAAAGGGUCAGCAAAAAGGACCAAAAGCGCAAGGCACCUGGAGCUCCAUCGUCAUUAGCUCAUAAAAGACCUAGAAAACUAAAGGCUUCAGAUCUUUAGUUCCACUGGUGGCAAACAGCAAAGGCGUUACGAUUUGUGAAUGUUGUGGAAAGCGGCAGUGAACUGUAAACACCUGGAAAUUCUAAUUGCGGUAUAUUUAGUCUAACUAAAGUUCCGUUUACUUUGGUCCGUUAUUUACACUAAUGCCAUUCUUGGUAUUCAGUGCAAAAAGGAGUCUGGCAUGAUGGGAUCUCAUCUUCACCAUGUGUGGCCCUACUGAGAAGCUGAACUUUAUUUUUUGUGCUGGUAAAGUGUUGUAGGGACACCAGGUAUUUCUGACAAAAAAAGCUUCUUAUGAGGAUAUGCAUGUAAAUAAGUUUGGAAUUGGGAAUUCCAGAUCUCUUUGAAAGCUUAUAUCGGAUUGUAGAAUGAAAAUCGUCCAUGACAUGAUCAUUUCAGGGUGAAAAUCGUCCAUUUUUGU